AUGUCACAAACAACUUCAUUAAAAAAGGAAGAAUGGAAUUCCGCCAAUGGUUUAGUUCAACAAACAACCACAACUAAAAAAGUAGUUGUUGAAAAUCCAUCCAAAUCCAAUUUAUCUGGAUCAAAUAAUAUUAGACAUACAACAAACAACAGUGGUUUGAAUCAAUCGAUGCAACAAGGAGGAUGGGUCGAAGAGGGUGGAGUUUUCAAGUUGGAACAACCAAGACAACGUGUUUUCGUUGACAAACAACAAACCAAUGUCCAAGUCACCGAAGGAAAGGAUCUCAUCAAUAUCACCGAGAUGGCUCCAGAGAUUAUGAUCAAGGAGAACGCUCCAAGAGUAGAGGUCAUCCAAAAAACUGUUACUGCCGACGUCUCCAUGCCACCAGCUCAAGUCGACAUCAACCAACCAACUCCACGUAUCUUCUUGGAACAACAAGCUCCAAUUAUCGACGUCAACCAAAUCGCCCCAAGAGUCGAGUUUGUCCAACGUGAGCCAAUUGUACAUGUCAACCAACCAAAGGCACAAGUCGUAAUCAACCAACAGAAGCCGGAAGUCAAGAUCCAAUCGGCUAAGCCAUUGAUCUCCGUUGCCAUGUGUGAGGCACCAAACAUCAAGAUCCAACAACAGGAGCCAGUCAUCAAGUUGUUCAAGAGUGAGCCAAUCAUCAGAAUCUCUGAGCUCAAGGGUCAGCCAGAGGUCAUCUUGAGAAAGGCAGAGAACUGCACACUCAACUGGAAGCCAAUGCAAGCACCACUCCUCCACAUCCAAAAGUCAUCGAUCAACUCGAUGAGUGCCUCCAGCUUCCAACAAUACAACCAACCAUCGAACCUUCAAUUCAGAAAGGAUGAAUUCACACAAUCCAAACAAAUCAGCACAGAAUUGCCAGUCUCCUUUGAAAAGAAUGCCUCAUGGUUGCAACCAAAGACUGGAGAGUAUUUCCACGAAGAGUCCGUCAAGAAAUCACCAAUGAAUGCUCCACUCAGUGAAACCUCCUAUGUCCCAGUCACUCAAAUCUAA